GAGGCGGCGCAGUCACGCGCGCACCACACUUGCGCUCACGGGCGCGCAAGGCUCUCGCUCUCCGCCCCGCACACCUGCGCUCCGCCCCCUGGUCCUGGGUUGGAGACAGUCUAAGGCUUUUGGAAACCCAGGGCGUCUGCGGCGGCGCCCCCAUCUCCUUCCCUUCCCAGGGCUGGAGUUGUCCAGAGCCUGUCGCCGGCCCAUCCAGCCCACAUCCCUCUCCAUCCUUCCCUCCCCCCGCCUGCCGCGGCACGGGUUAUCUGCAGCCGCAGCCCGAGCCCUUGAGGCGGCGAAGGGGGAGGGGAAGGAAGCAAGGGAUGAGCACCGGGAGGGCGUCCGGGGCUCUGAGCCUGACUAGGACACCCCUGGAGCCCGAACCCGAGCCAGAGCCGGAGCCGGAGCCAGAACCAAACCACCGGUACCGGGUGGGCCAGGUGGUCAGGAUGGGAGUGUCCUUGGGAGGGCCGGAAGCGCAGGACAAGCUGGAAAGGGGAACGCUCUGGGCAUCGGGGAAGCGGGACCAGGGUCGUGGAAGAAGGCUUGCGCAUCGGCCGUCUGGCACCCUUGGCCCGGACCAGCACCCCCAGCACGGACAGCUCCUUGGUUGGGUAGGGGGUGGGGCCCGACCUCGGAGUUUUGCCCCUUUCGGAUCCUGAGGACCGCAUUCCUAUCCCUCACCCAUCCCUAGCUGCGGCCCCCUAACUCCAGGAGGCGCCCUGGCCCGCGCUCGCCCCCCAGGGCCUCAUGUCGGAACCACAGCCUGACCUGGAGCCGCCCCAACAUGGGCUUUACAUGCUCUUCCUGCUUGUGCUGGUCUUCUUUCUCAUGGGCCUUGUAGGCUUCAUGAUCUGCCACGUGCUCAAGAAGAAGGGAUACCGCUGCCGCACGUCUAGAGGCUCCGAGCCUGACGACGCCCAGCUCCAGCCCCCUGAGGACGAUGACAUGAAUGAGGACACAGUAGAGAGGAUUGUUCGCUGCAUCAUCCAAAAUGAAGCCAAUGCUGAGGCCUUGAAGGAGAUGCUGGGGGACAGUGAAGGAGAAGGGACAGUGCAGCUGUCCAGCAUGGAUGCCACCUCCAGCCUGCAAGAUGGAGCCCCCUCCCAUCAUCACACAGUGCACCUGGGCUCCUCAGCCCCUUGUAUCCACUGCAGCCGCAACAAGAGACCUCCACUUGUCCGUCAGGGACGUUCCAAAGAAGGAAAGAGUCGCCCUCGGCCUGGGGAGACCACCGUGUUCUCUGUGGGCAGGUUCCGGGUGACACACAUUGAGAAGCGCUAUGGGCUGCAUGAGCAUCGUGAUGGCUCCCCCACGGACAGAAGCUGGGGGUCUGGUGGGGGGCAGGACCCAGGGGGUGGUCAGGGGUUUGGGGGAGGGCAGCCCAGGACAGGAAUACCUGCCGUUGAGAGCCUGCCCCCAGAGAGGCCCCAGCCCCCAGAGAGGCCCCUGCCCCCAGAGAGGCCACAGCCCCCGGCCAUCGCCAGCCCCCCAGUGCAGAAUGGAGGACUCAGGGACAGCAGCCUAGGCCCUCGUGCACUUGAGGGGAACCCUGGAGCCUCUGCAGAGCCGAUGUUGCGGGCUGGAGGGAGGGGCCCAAGCUCAGGGCCAGUCAGUCAAGAGGCAAAUGGACAGCCCAGCAAACCGGACAUCUCAGAUCACCAGAUGUCUCUACCACAGGGAGCAGGGGGUGUGUGAGCCUGCUUCUUCACUGCGCUGAUGGACUACCAGCUGGCAGGGCCAAGGGGUGGGUAGGCACGAAGCCCCUCCUCUCCAUUGGACAGCACUGCCCCCGAGCUGAGGGACCAGCCCUACUUCCACCUGGAGUUGCAUGGUCUCAG